UUUCUGGACGUAUCUGUCAGGAGGAAAAGCGCUCCAAAUUUUUGCUCCGCAGUUCCAAAUGUAAACUGCAAACUUUGUCCGAAUUCGAUCGGAAUUAUCGCGGUAAGGUUAACGGGUUGGAAAUUGUUUACUAGUGUUAUUAGUAGUGUACAAAUCGAAAGCAAUCUGCAGUGAUUUGUAAUCGUUGAUGCGUGUUUGUGAUACCAUUGUUUAUUCAAUUGGAAAAUAUUGAGUGUUCCUGAGUUCAGGUAUAAAUUUGAUUCCGUUUUCAAAUGCUAAAGAAAAAUUGUGUAAAAAAUAUUUUAUAAUGUGAUACAAAAACACUAGUGAAGUGAAUUUACAAAUGAAUAUGUGAUAAGUUCAUAGCAAUUUCGUGCUGUUUCCAAAUUCAAUAGAAAAUAUCUAAAUUAUUCUGAACAUUGUUUGUAAUUCUACUUAAUCGAUGCACGGUCUUGAAAAUAUGAUAUUUUAUCUUCGGUAAGUUACCUGGUAGUCAUCUGUCUUCAUCAGCAAUUAAAAAGCUCCUAUUCCAUUGAAUACAAAUAAAUAUUGAUUGCGCGUAUCAACCGGCUAUCUUCAUCAUCAUCAUCAUUGGUUUAUUGAACCGCUUCGGCUGGUUCGGGCAGGGCACACAGGCUACCGAAAGCUGCAAUUGCGACGCAGAAUUCGUGGCGCAGAACAAGUCACACUGAAAUUUCUCUACUCCCGGAAAACAACGGGGAAGCCCACCGGAAAAAGGGUUAGGCGGUUCGAGAGUCGAAUGCACACUCGUCAUCAAUUGUCUACCAAAAGUUUUCAGUCGUACAAACACACACACUUCAAGUAACAGGCCCACGAGGAAAGUCAAGUGAAUAAAGCGAAAAUCUACCUCCCGCCACCCCGGUAUAAAUAUGAUAUCAUCGGGGGUGCCGCUCGAGACUACUUCGGCCAACAGCGAUAGCCUUUGUGCGCUAACAUCGGGGUUCUCAGUACUUGUCACCGAUAGCGGACUAUUUGGAACGCGUUUGGCAGCAGCUGAUCGGUGGUUCAAAUCGCUACUAAAAAACCCAUCGAUUCUCAUCGGGAGGUCAAAAAAGUAGUUCAAGUUGCUUGCCUGUCUGUGAAAGUGCAUUUGCAUUAAACUAGUUUCAGUUAAUAGUUAAGCAUUGCUACAAGCGGAGUGAAUCGUGACCGGUGACCAGUAUGGGAAAACUCAACACCAAUUACGGCCAGCACUGCUACGAUGGUGGAACUGUGAUAAAUCGAGCUGUGACAAAAUAUUUCAGAAACUGCGGCACACAAAAUGAUUCUUCCGAUUCGUGCAGUGAGCGUGAAACUGGCCUUCGGUUUGGCCGGAUUGUAUGCUGCAGGGGCAGUCGGUCUGAUAGCAUGACGGUCGAACGAAAGCCAAGUAAUGAGGCGGCGCUAGCGCAGGAGGAAAUUUUGCAACGCCGAACGGAGAGAGCAGCAGUAUCGCAUCGGGACAUAGGAAGCAGUGAAGAGGAAGAUGACUCCGAGGGACACGCUGUCGUUGAGUUGAUUGACGAAAGCCGGCUCGUCUACCGAGCCGAGGGCAAUGCCAAUAUUGUGCUCUCGGUUGCGGACAGCUGCAGAGUGUUGCGAUUGCGAAAAUCAACCAUCGACAGCCAAUCCGGGAAAGAUUCAAUCGUUGAUCUCAACCGCUUCGUGAAGUAUUCCCAGGUAGUGGCGAGUCUGUUUUCGUCACAGUAUGUUUCAGAGCCAAGGUUGGGUUGGCUUAACACGUACGACCUGGAAGCGUUCAACAAACGGUUAAUCAAAUUUCGACCCGUGAACCGGUUGGAAAAGGAAAUCCACGAAUGUGACGGUAUCCUGUAUCCCGACGUAGCAUUUCUACCGAUAAAAAUCGAUCCCGUGAUGCUUCUGCAACAGGUUUUCGAGCAGGAUGCCAAGAAGCACGCUUCCCCAACCUACUGCGUGGAGAUUAAACCCAAACAAGGUUGGUCCUUCCGAGAUGACGGGAGCUGUGAGGAUGACUUUACCCGAAAUGUGCUGUUUUCGAGCUGUGACAGCACACUGGCGGAGCUGGCUGGACCUAACGUCGGAAAGUGUCGAUACUGUUUGUAUCAAUAUUUGAAGCUCCAGAAAAAAUCGAUCGAUAAAGUCAGCAAAUAUUGUCCCCUUGACUUGUUCUCCGGAAAACCCAUCCGGAUGCUGAAUGCUAUCAAAGGACUCAUCGGAGCACCGCAGAACAAUUUCAAACUUUUGAAAAAUGGCCGCAUUGUGUACGGUGAGGAGCAGGAGAAGGCCGUUUUCAAUCGGAUGCUGAAGGAAAUCUUCCAACGUGAUGGACGCACCAAAGAGGAGAGAAAAACCAUUUUUAUGAACCUGAUGAAAGAGAUUCUGCUGAAGGAUUUCACCAGCUAUGAGGCAUUGUGUGACCGAAAGCUGCUAUCGAUUCGGAAGGAUAGGAAAAAGAAGGAUAAAAAUUUCAUUCAACAUCGUACCUGCUCUCCAAUUAAUUACCAGUUACUGCCAAAAAACUGUGCGCUCAAACAAAUUCUGGACAUACAGCUCCUGGUUAAGUCAUGUCUAACAAAACUAAAUUCCAAAAAGGUUUACGAAAAUUCGGCUGAUCCUUUUGCGUAUGUGGAUGUGUUGUAUGAAAAACAUUUGGACUGUCUAGAAGAUUGCCGCUCCAGUGUGGGCUUCAGUGGUAAAGCUGAAAGCAAAAGAAGAGCAAACCCAGACGAGAGACUGAUGAAUUUCACCAAUUUUUACCUGAACGAGGAGGAAAAAUACCAGCUGGGUGCCACUGCGUUGGAUUGUUCCAUUAUGAUAACUUUUCGAAGCUUGUCCGAUCGGGAGGAAGACAGAUUACCUCCAACUGCCAGAAAUCAUAUAAUCAGUAUCGAAGCGAUGAAAUUUCUCGUUAAUGUGACCAUCACUGAUUUGGACCCGAAGUCGAUCCACCAUCACAGAAAGUACCUUAAGCAGAUCCAAGAUUCCAUUCGAGCCUAUCGGGAGUUUAUGUCUAGAACCAAGCGAUAGCUCGUAGAAGCAAUAUAACAAUGUUCUCGUUGUUAGAUUAUGCCAUGUGGUUCGGUGUCUGUUUUAGAUCAGUUUUUACUGUUUUACAAUAACAAAAAUGCUAUAUAGUUAUAUAUGGUAAUAAAAUCUAGUUUACUCUUUACUGCUAAUGAGGUAAUUCAAUAGCGAGUUCGCAUUAAAUGUAGGAAGGCUGAAAUUGUAAUUACUGAACUAACUGAAUGUUGCAAAAGCUGAAACAUAUAUUUUUAGCAAUAAAUUACCAAAACAGUGAGGAGAGAGAGACUAACAAUAGAACAAAUUUUAUUGGAAUUAUUCCAGGCUAUGGCUAUUUUACUACAGCAUAUAACACGCACGAAAUUAAAAUAAAAAAAUAAAUAUUAAAUAUUUUGAUUUAUAUUUAAUUAAACUAUGUAAAUCGGCAUACGGCUACGUAACCAAGCGACAAAAUGAAAAAAGCAAGAUUGAAGAGGCAGUAUUUUACUGUGAAAUUCUAUUUAUUGACCGCAGUGAUGUGUACACGAUAUAAAGAAGGGUAGGAUUGAAGCCUCUAUUUGAUAAAAUAGUAAAAUUGUAAAUCAACUACCUUAGGUGUGCAGAUAACAACAACUGGAUAUUUUAUGUAGACAUCCUUAAGCGUUUUCAUUUCGAUGAAUCUAAAUAUAGUCAACAAGAGCUAAAAAAUUAUCAUCAACAUUGGAAUUGUAACAUCUAAUGCAUACAAAACAAAAGCAAUUGAUUUCGGUGCAAAGUAACGAAUCUCACCUAGCCUGUAGGCUAGCUAACCAUUCAACAGCAGACCUGUCAAUGAGCAGUUCGAUGAUUGUUUUGUUUUACGAGCGUUCGGUGAACUUUUUUUUAUCGAAAUGUCAGUAAAAGUUAAGUAAUUUGUUAUAAAAAUACCUAAUUCGGUUAAUAUAAUACUGAUACAUAUUACAAAUAAGCAGCUGGCUUGCUAAGUUUAAUUUACGAUUCUUUCAAUAAUUAUUCCAAAAAAAAUCCUACACAUCAGGAUCAGUUAAUCCUGUAACUGUUAACUCUAGCAAUGCAGGGUUAUCGGAUUAUAGUUAAAUUGAAGAAAAUAGAAUCACGAAAAAAAUAGAAUCAUGAAAAGUUAUGCUUGGUAUUAGGAGAACAGUUAACUUUUGUAAAAAUACACUCCACUGAUUUUAUACUUGAAACAAACGAAACCAUUUUUCUAGAAUUUUUCAAAACGUUUUGACGUUCACGCCUUCACGUAUUCUAACUGAUCUCUGGUAGUAGCGAGGCAAAACGACUGACAAACAAUUUUCGUGAAAAAACGUUACUCAGUAAAAGUUAACAUUCGUAGUAGGGUAUCGAACGUCUUCGUCAGUGGUUUUCUUCGGCAGUUUUUCUGCAGCAAUCUUAUGCGAAAGGGGGCCGAAGAAAACCCCUGACGAAGACGUUCGAUACCCUAGUUGAAUUUUUAUUUGUUGAAUCACGUUAAUAAUUGACAUAGAUUUACAGUCCUUCUAAAAUAAAAAAACAGCGUUCCAUUGAAUUUAUGGAAUGAACGCGGAGAAAAAAAUUACAUUUGAGUUGAAAGUUUAUUAUGAUAUUUUCAUACACUUUGUAGAAAAGUAACCAUUUAUUCAUAUAUUUAAAUAACAUAUGCUGAUGCACUGCACACAAAACAUAUUUAAUUCAAUAUUUAUUUAAACAUAUUUAAUUUGUCUUUCUUUAUUCGUUAUUUGCUCAAAGUUUAAGUACAGAUAUUUUCGUUUUUUGUUUUCCUCUUCUGCAAAUGGAUGCCCGUAUGGAUCUGAAUUUAAUGAAAAACCUGUCAGAACGACUUUAAUUUGUUUCGCAGUAUUGUAAACUAUUUUAAAAUCAGCUGUUUUUAAUUGAUUAGUUGCGAUUACUCAGUUUUUAUCAUAAUUAGUAGCACUUGCUAUUACUUCUGCUGUAUGUUACAGCUUGUAGUGUUUCAGCCUUUUGCCAUUCAGAUUAUUAAUUCCAGCCUUCCGAGGCGAACCACGCAAAAAAUGAUAUUUUACAGAUGCAAAAUGCAUUGUUAGCUACUUACAAUUGAUGUGAAAAGUGAGACUUUCUAGUAUUUAUACGUAUAUACGCUGUUAUACAAUAUAGGCUCUAUAGGAAACAACACAACGUGUCAUAUUUAUACUACUUUAUUGAAACAAUUGUUAGCAAAUUUUAGCAAACUAAGUAUGCAAUACAUGAGUAUAGCCAAACAAAAUGCAAUAGAGUCACCUUCUAACUGCCAUGACCAUUUUCAGAACGCAUGCAAUUCUUGAUAGUCCGAAUAUAUACAUAACAUACGUGGUACGAAAUUGUUGAAUUUAUUUAAACUGAAAGAACAGUAUCAGUGUAGGUUACGGCAAUGCAAAAUUAUACAACUCGCCCAUUUUGAUGUUGACAGUUGCCUUAACGGUGAGUGUCUUGUCAUUUCUCUAAUAUACAGGUUCCCUAGUGUAGGUAAAAUUUCAAUAGUUCUAUAGCUAAUAUCUUUACCCUGAUAUUUACUCUUCCCAUUCCUUGAUUGUUUUUUUUUUUUAUCACAGCAGCAACUCAGAUGUUGAAAAAUGUAUUGAUAAUGUUAUAUUAUAAGAAAACACCCACGAAAGUCCAGUAACAGUA